CAACUUAAAAUAUCUAACUUCAUUUUAACGAGAUGGCUGGGGAUGAACUACCAUUUUGAUAUUAAGUACGGCAUUUAUGAUAUUCGGUAGUAUUGUCGUUAUAUCACUAGACCAUUGCCAAUUUUCGUCCAUAGGAUCAUUGAGGAAAAAAUAAUUAAUUCUCCAACAAUCACUUCCCCACCACACCCAUCGCUAACAACAAGGACAACCCCCACGCUAGAUGAUGCACGUCCCCACCACCGCCACAACACCGCGGGGGGAGGGAGAGGCAGGGACGUAUAUAAGGCGAGAGACACAAUGUCGAAGGUUCAGUCGGUGACAUUCCGGGUCAGAGGAAAGCAGUGUUGUGUCCCGCCGUACCUGACCGCCGCCCGCCGCCACCCUCGCCGGCCGCCCCGUCACCCUCGCCGGACGUCUGGACACUUAGCGGGAACAGAAUCUUCCUCUCGAGAGACACUUGUGAUUGCUACGUUUUUACUCGUGCGGGGACGAUCGCCGCGGUGACUAAUGCGCCACGGCAGUGACUUGUACAGUGAGGCCGCGAGGGACGCCCGGCGACUGGCCACCUGUAGCUGAGCGUUCAGUGUGCAGCAUGACGAGGGCGUGAGUGGGCGGCAGCAUGACCAGCCAGGCACACUCCCCCACCCCCUCCCCCUCCCCCUCCCCACCCUCCAUCUUCAGGCCGUGGCAGCUGUGCCCCGCGACGCCCGUCACCUCCUCAGGAGAGACGUCCCCCGCCACCACAGCAGACAGCGCCACCACCGCCCCGCGGCCCCAGGGAGGAGGAAAGCGCUUCCUGCAGCAAGUCGCGUCCUCCUCUUACAAACGACCCCACAAGAUGCCGAGGACCGAAGGCCACGACGUGCCGCCGGCGUCAGCGGCGGCAGCUGGCGGCAGCAAGGUGGAGGCGGCGGCCUCGCGCUUCCUCGGGCACAACCCGCGGCUGCCCGGGAACCCCAUGUUCCAGGGGCUCGCGGGCCUGGGCGGCCCUUUCUGCAGCUUCACAGGACCCGGCCCCUUAGUGCCGCUCCUGGACGUGCUGGUGCCGGCGUCUGAGGUGGAGCGAGUGUGUGCCCGGCGGCCGCGGCCCAAGAGGUUCGGGUGCAGUCAGUGCGGCUCCGCCUUCAGCAAUAAAGGGCAGCUCAAAGGCCACCUCCGCAUCCACACGGGCGAGCGGCCCUUCGUCUGCGGCCACCAGGGCUGCCAUAAGCGCUUCACCCGCAACGAGGAGCUGACGCGCCACCGCCGCAUCCACAGCGGGGCGCGGCCCUUCCCGUGCCCGCUGUGCGACAAACGCUUCGGCCGCAAGGACCACCUCAAGAAGCACGUCAGGACCCACCAGCGGCUGCCGCAGGGCCCCGCCAUGCACCUGCCGCUGCCCCCGCCCCUGCCGCCCUGCCUCACGCCGCCCUUCAUGCCGCCCCUCGCCGCCACCCUGGCAGCCUCGCACCCAUUCCUGCACCGCCUGCAGCAGCUGCAGCAGCUGCACGCCUUCCCUCAGCCCUGACGACGCCCGCCCCCUGUACAUAGUGUUGAUACUUAUUUAUGUUGUUAUGCUGGUCAUUAGUCUAAUAAACUA